AUGUCGUCAGUCACCUCCUCUGCGUCCACCAACUCCAACCCAUUCGCCGACGCUAAUUCUCCCGACGUGAACGACAUCCACAACUUGAACAUCUUCGAGCGGGUGUGGGUUCGUCUCUCCCAGGCGGACUCCUCCUACUACACGUGGAAGACGUACUUCUCCCUCAUGUUCCGGGAGUAUAAUCUCAUCGAUCACGUGGAUGGCACCAUUGACUCCAGCCUCGUCCUUGAGUUCCAUGACUGGUCCACCAUCGACACCACGAUCAUCCGCUGGUUCUUCCUCACCAUCUCGCCAGACCUCUUCCAGACGGUCGUGCAGGACGGUGAUUAUGCCUGCGCCGUGUGGACCAAGCUGAAAGGGCUCUUCACCGACAACCAACUCCAGCGUCGUGUUUUUUUGCAUCAAGAGUUUUUUGGGGUGCACCAGGACAUCACCUCCAUCGACGAUUACUGUUGCCGCCUCAAGACUCUCGCUGACGAGCUCCAUGAAAUUGGCGCGAAGAUCGAUGAUGACCUCCUCCUCAGCACGCUCACCGCCGGGCUUAACGAGGACUUCAGCAACGCCGCGGCGAACCUCAGCUUCAUCCCCAACCCGUCCUUCGCCAAGUUCAUUGCGUACCUCCGCUUGGAGGAGCGGCGAAUGAAGCAGGUGAAGGCGCGGGCCAUCCACACCGCCCUCGCCGCCGGCACCACCCGCGGCGGGUCUUCAGCGCCUCCCGCUGCCCCGGCCGCGCCCCCGUAG